CCCCCCCCCCCCACCGACAAAAUGACUACUGCUUUGACUGCUACACCGGUUUUGUAACGUCCGUAUCCGAGUACACCGGAGAAACCACCGCGGUUACCGUCACGAAAACUCGACGUUGAGCUCGAUUCUCUCUGCCGCCCCGUUGGCUUCUGUCUCGCGCUCCGGCUGAGUCGCCACGAACAGACUGAAGUGACGGUCCAUUCAUCCACAACAACAAUGGCAGCGCAGGAAUUUAAUUUCUUGCUGGCGACCGACUCGUACAAGAUCACCCACUACAAACAGUACCCUCCAAACAUCAGCAACAUCUACUCCUACUUUGAAUGCCGACGCAAGAAAGGCUCCCAGUUCAGUGAAGUGGUGUUCUUCGGUCUUCAGUAUCUGCUGAAGAAGUACCUCUUAGGCCAAGUGGUCACAGAGGAGAAGAUUCAGGAAGCCAAGGUCUUCUACCAGAUGCACUUCAAGCAGGCCGUGUUCGAUGAGGAAAGCUGGAGGAAGAUCCUCGAGAAACACGAUGGGCGUCUUCCCAUCCGGAUCAAAGCCAUCCCAGAGGGGACCAUUAUACCCAGAGGCAACGUGCUCUUCACCGUGGAAAACACGGAUCCCGAGUUCUACUGGCUCACCAACUACAUUGAGACCAUGUUGCUCCAGAUGUGGUAUCCCAUCACCGUAGCCACCAUAUCCAGGGAGUUCAAGAAGAUCCUGGCCAAGCACCUGAAGGCCACGUCUGGGAGCCUGGAAGGCCUGGACCUGAAACUGCACGACUUUGGCUACAGAGGAGUCUCCUCGCAAGAGUCUGCAGCAUUAGGUGGAGCAGCUCACCUGGUGAAUUUCUGCAGCACGGACACAGUAGCGGGGCUGCUGAUGGCUCAGCGCUACUACAGCUGCCCGAUGGCCGGCUUCUCCAUCCCAGCCGCAGAGCACAGCACCAUCAUCUCCUGGGGGAGGAGCCGGGAGAAGGAGGCCUUUGAGCGGGUCCUUGAGCAGUUCCCCUCGGGGCCAGUGUCCGUGGUCAGCGACAGCUACGACAUCUUCAACGCCUGCAAGAACAUCUGGGGAGACAAGCUGAAGGAGCGAGUGAUGGAGCGCAGCCAGGACUCGUGUCUGGUCAUCCGGCCGGACUCCGGAGACCCCGCAGAGACUCUGAUCGAGGUCAUCAAGAUCCUGGAGGAGUGCUUUGGCUGUUCUCUGAACGUCAUGGGAUACAAGGUUCUGCCCUCUUACCUGCGAAUCAUUCAGGGAGACGGCAUCGACCUCAGCUCCGUGGACGAGAUUCUCCAGAAGCUGGCUGACGAAGGCUGGAGUGCUGAGAACGUCGUCUUUGGCUGCGGCAGCGCUUUGCUGCAGAAACUCAACAGAGACACUCUCAACUGUGCCUUCAAGUGCAGCUACGUGGAGAGUAACGGCAAGGGGAUGGACGUGUACAAGCAGCCGGUUACCGACCCGUCCAAAGGGUCAAAGAGAGGACGAUUAUCUCUGAGGAGAAACUCUGAUGGCUUCCUGGAGACGAUAGAGAAAGGCGCAGGCAAGCCUGAGGAGGAUCUUCUGGUGACGGUUUUUGAGAAUGGCAGCCUGGUGCUGGACUACUCCCUGGAGGAGAUCAGGAAGAACGCUCGUCUGAGGGACGAGGAGGUGAACCCCACUCUGCACAACCAUGAACAGGAGCUGCUGCACAAUCACAUCAUCAACGGCAUUCAUUAGAGCAGCCACGAGGAAAUGCACCCUGAGCAAGUCCAGCUCCCCCAGGGUGCAGGGGAGGGAAACAACAGCAUAUGAAAAUCGUUUUAUUGAUUGCAGUAAUCAUCGGGUGUGUGUUACUCUUGCUAGUGCUGGUAAACGAGAUGUGAUUAAAAGUCAGCGCACGGCCUAAAAAUGGCAUCAGGUUUAGAGAAAGAGAGACGAAUCUCCUCCCGGAUGACGUCCCAUUGGACGCCAAAAGUCAAUGAUGAUUUAAAUUAUAAUAAUAACGAUUAUUUUAAGCUAAAUCAUGAUUGUUUUACAAGACAGAACCAAGUCAUUUGGUUGCCUUUUUGUUUUACGUACAUUUUUAAUACCAGGAGAAGACGGGGUCGCGGUGUCAGCAGGAUAUUUUCUCCCUUCCGCCCCACAUCCCUCCUCCCCCCUUUUUAGUUUGUGUAAGAAACACAAUGCGUACACGCGUUCAGGACACGAAAGAAGACGCCAUAAAAGUGACCAGUAGUGCAAAAGAAGCAGGAAGCCAGAGCCCGGUGGUCCUGAACACAUUGAAUAUACAUCUAAAUAAACUGUAACAUUUGUCACU